AUGGAAUCUAUUGACGGCCGCAUCCCAUUGUGCGUUGCAAUUCGGAAUGGGGAAGACGAUGUCGCCAUUUCCCUUCUGCAGCACUACCCAGGUCGCAGUCUUCAACCGGCGGCGCCUCAUCACGAAUGGGCCGAGUCUCUCGACCGCUCCCUAUUACGACUUGGGAUGUCUCCUCUCAAUGACAGAUAUCUGAAGUACUGCGGCAAGUUCUUAACACAAUCUCUUGUGAUACUGCUCCUUUUCCAAGUACCGGACGUCUUUUUCUUCAAGGUUUCAGAAUCACCAGCGGUAUAUAUAAUUUCUACGCUUGUUACAGAAAUCUCGUACCUCCUUGUUCGGAAGUGUUAUGAGAAUCUCUCCUUUCACGCUACGGUUGUUGGGGCCCAGGCAAUAGAUGCUUUCCUGGAUUCGGAAUCCCAGAGCGAACGACUGUUGCUGGAACUCCUCGACCGAGGUCCCAUAUCGUCCAACUCGGCCUCACUUGACCAGCUUUGGGGCGUAGCAGCAGACAAGGGCUAUGCAGAAGCCACCCGCCGGCUUGCUGCAUUACGCAGCGCCCCGGAAAGCGACAACACGCGUACUGCUGUGGAGUCACAACUUGAUCUCUACGAAACUGCUGAUAUCGAAGCUAAGAACAAAGUAGACGAUCGUGGUCCGGCGAGGAGCCGGGAAGCCUUUCGGAAGAGAGUGCCCGGUAUCCAAUAUUUGAUACCGCUUGACACGGUCUGA